UUAUUACGUUUGUCAAAUCUUUGCAACUGAUCUCUAACAGCUAAUUAACUGAAAUAGUGAGAGUUACACGCGCUCGAUUUUUUUGCCACUGAUCUCUAUACAGUCACUGGAUAACAUGCUUAUAUUUCUGCAUCUGAUCUCUAUGUAGCAACUGAACAACGCUAUUGCAACUGAUCUCAAUAGAUUAAUAGGAAUAUCGAUUUGACCAGGAUAAAUAACGAUAGUCAUCGAUUGUAACGAUGGAUUUAUGAUGAUAUAGAUUUUAAUGAUGUUUUACGUUGGCCAGGUUUUAUAACAAUGUUAAGAUAUUACUAAAAUUUUCUAAGGACUUGCAAAAUCAGUUUGAAUAGAUUGAUGCAAUUCACUUCGGCCAGAAAUGGCACAAUCCACUUGACAACUGUCCCAGUGUAGCGUAUAUUUGGAUAUACAUACUGAGUGGUCAGCAUGGAUCCUGAAGAUUUCAAGUUUAGGUUGAUGAAAGUAUUUUUUAGACCAGGAAAGUUAAGAUUAUUGUAUCAUUGUUAAAGUGAUUGAUUUAUUGAAAGGUUUCCACUAAAAUAUGGCUAAAUUCAUUUUCAUUUUUGUAAUUUGCAACAUUUGAUCAUAUAAUGUAGUCAGAUCCUGAGAGUCUAAAAGCUCUUGUAUCGAAAGUUUCAAGGUGGAUCGUUGUCAACUGCUGGAAGAAAGUGAUAUGCAGUGGCAAACAAGAUCAAGUUCAGAGCAAAAGCUUGGGCCACGAUUCAGAAGACCGUCAAAAUGUUCCUCGUGUGGAAAUAACACCAGCCAAGUUUCAGGUUUAAAAACCGACAAGAAUGUUCUGACCAAACAGAUUUUUGAUAUCGAAAAGGAAAUAUCAGCUGCUAUGCAGAAAAUCAAGAACACGAUAAUGAGCCGUGAUCAGAUCGAGAAUCUCCACCGUGGUCUUGUGGCGAAGGUGGACAAACAAGUCGUAGAUUUACAGAAGCAAAAAGAACUUCAGAAGAAGAGGGAGGAAGAAGAGAAGUUGAGGAAAAUCAAAGAACAGAUGGAACUGGAAAGAAAAAGGCGAGAAGAGGAGGAAAGGAGAAGAAAAAAACUCGAAGAAGAAGCGAGAAUUAAAGCUGAAAUGGAAGCCGAAAGGCGAAGGGCAGAAGAGGAAGAAAUGAAACGACGGGAACUUGAAAAAGCGAAACAGAAAGAAAUUGAGGAACAAUUAAGGAAAGAAGAAGAAGAGGCAAAAUCUCGACAAGCUGCUCUUGAACAAGAGAGAUUAGAUCACGAACUGGCCUUGCGUUUGGCAAAGGAAUCCAAUUUGAAUGUAGAACCCAUGGAGGAACAAAAAGCUAUUAUAAGAGCAGCUUCCUUGAAAGAUCCGAAUAAGAAAUAUGACCUGAGUAAAUGGAAAUACGCUGAGUUAAGAGACACCAUCAACACCUUGUGCGAUGUCGAGUUAUUACAAGCUUGUAAACAAGAGUUCCAUCCCCGUCUUAAGGUUUAUCAUAAGUGGAAAAAAAAUACGGCAUCGAAGUCAACAGGUCAAAGUGCUGGUGAUCAAAGAGCACCUCAAGAGGUGUGGAAGAAGGAAAUUCAGCAUUGAAGAAAUCAAAGGAAAAUAUUUUAUAUCGAUCGUCAGGUAAACAAUUAUUGGUAACCAAGGAUGCAUGUGGUAAGACUUCCCUUAUUGAUACAUUCAAUGCUGGUAAAUUUCCAUCAAUUACCUCUGUGUCUUGUUACUCUUGAGUCUUGUUACAAGCUAAUGACUGUGAAUAAUAUUCCUGUGGAGUUUAUGAUAUAAUUGCGGUAGAAGAUUAUGAAGAUGUUAAGACAAGAUCUUUAAUGUAAUGUUAUUCGGUUGAGUCAAAAGAAAGUUUUGAAAGUCUUUCCAGUGUAUGGUGGCCAGAGAUCAGUGCUGCUCACAUAAGGAAACCAUUAUUAUUAGUUGGACUAAAAAAGGAGCUUCGUCCUGGCAAACAAACGCAUGAACUGAGUACGUAAAAGCUAUUGAAGGUAAAAAACUUGCAAAAUAUAUUGGUGCUGUAUGUUUUUAAGAGUGCUCAUCAGUUACUAAUGAAGGAAACAAUGAGAUUUUUGAAAUGGCAGUAAACAAGUGAGAGAUUGUAGUAAAAAAGAAAGGGGAGCUCAAAAAUCAAGCUUGGGUGUAUAUCUGUUCUUGCAAGACAAACUAAUGAAGUAUUUGAAAUUUAAAUCAUUCUAUAUUUCAAGUUUGCCCUGAAUACCUGAGAUGUUUGGAAUGACACUGGAAAAGGAUACAAUUUUGUAGUUAGGUGUGCAAUUUUCCACGGGCAGAGAGGGUCGGCUGACGGCUAUUUUCCAUUUACAAAACACUCAGAAUCUUAUAAAGGACAAAGCAGACUGAGAAAAUAAACAGGACCCUGAAAUAACUCAAAAACUAACCAGGUAUUUUCGGUGGUUCAAUUUCGGCGUUUGCAAAUAUCGAAAAAUAAAAGAAAUGGUAAAAGAAAAUUGCUACCGGGAACCGAGAAAAAAAGUUGUUAUAGUUUUAGUUUGAAAAGAUUAACGCGAAAAGAGAAGGCUUUUAUAUCAAGCUAAGAGUAUUAAUUAAGCAUUAAUCGCUUCACGGAGAGGAAUUUUGCUAAUCACUUACAACGGACAAUAGAAAUAUGCGAAACAUAUUUAUUUGGCUAAUUUAUAUCCAUUCCGGGCAAGUCUGGCAUGAGUUAGUUGAUUAUCUAUUGUUGUCAAUGCGUUAAUUGUCCGUUGGAAUGCUAGACUUCCCUGUCCUUUUGUUUUACCGAAGUUCUGUUUUUGUAGAACGAAAGAAUCGUAAAGAGAUGUCGGACAUGCCUUGGGACAUUUAUGCACGCAAAUACAAAACUCGAUUUCGACAAUAUGCAUGAGUAAAAAUUGCAUGGAAUUUGGCUUUUUUGACUGAGAUAUAAACUGAACACUCUUCUGUUUACCUCCUUCAUUUUCAAGUUUUCCGCCUGUGCAUGAUUUUUGCAUGAAGUCUGGUAGUAUCAAGCGCAUGCGGAGUGAAUACAAGUAAUUCUGGGGCCCCAAUCACUUGUGUUUUCUCCAUCUUGACGACUAUAUAGUCCGGACAAAAAUAUCGCUCAGAGAGCGCCUAAAACUAAAAAACAUGAAACAUGUAUUUCUAGAAGGAGAUGAUAGUCCAGUGUUCUUGCUUUCUUGUACAAAAACGUGCAUGACAUUUUGUAUUAAAACGUGCAUGACAUUUUGUAUUCGCGUGCGCAAUGCGAAGGCCAGUAGUGACUUACGUUGGAGUGUUGGAGGCUCGAUAUAAUUUUUCCUGAGUGCUUUAUACAUAAGUGACAUUUCUCUCUUGGAAAUUAUUCAUAUCAUACUUUUGUUGUCAGAUGAUGAAGGAUCGUCGCAGGGUCAGGAGGAUCAUCGCAGCAUCAGAUGUUCAAGAAUCGUCGCCGGAUCACAUGGUAUGGUAUGGUAUGCUAUGGUAUGGUAUGGUAUGGUAUUGCUACCUAAGUGAUAUUUGUGACUUGAAAAUUAAUGCAAUAUCAUUGUGAUAAAGUAUCGUUGCAGGAUCAGAUGUUGAAGGAUCGUCGCAGGAUCAGGCGGAUCGUCGCAGGAUCAGAUGUUGAAGAAUCGUCGCA